AUGCAAAACCACUUGCUGCUCUUUGCACUGUCUCCUCCUGCCGCCGUCUGCACUGCCUCCCUUUCCACCAUCUACCACUGCCUCUCAAUGCCGACCUCUGCAUUGCUCCCUGCGUUGCCUGCUGAGAUGGAUGUGAAGAGCAACGACAUGAACGGCACCAUGCCCGCCUCCCUCUACAACCUCACCAGGCUCACUAAACUUGACAUCAGUAGCAAUGCGUUCAACGGCACUUUGCCUCAAGAGCUGGACCAACUCACCGCUCUUACAAGCCUGGAUGUCGCCAACAACCAGUUGAACCAGACACUGCCUGCUGGCAUCGGCAAUCUCAUCAGCCUCACCAACCUGUGA